UUGGCCACGCCCCGGGCCGUGUUGUAGUGGCCGCGUCCUUCCACUUCCCCGCACGUGGGUUCCUGAGCACCCGCGUUGGAGCGGCCAGGAGUGCAGAUCCACCCACACGCUGUUCCCCAGGCUGGAAUGAACCGCUUUCUGCUGCCCGUGUCCGUAGUGGGCACGGUGAUCGGCGGCACCGUGCUGCUCAAGGACUAUGUUACUGGUGGGGCUUGUCCCAGCAAGGCCACCAUACCUGGGAAGACUGUCAUCGUGACAGGAGCCAACACGGGUAUCGGCAAACAAACUGCUUUGGAACUGGCUAAAAGAGGAGGCAACAUCAUUCUGGCCUGUCGUGACAUGGAGAAGUGUGAGGCGGCUGCGAAGGACAUUCGUGGAGAGACCUUGAAUCCCCGAGUACGUGCCCAGCACCUAGACUUGGCUUCCCUCAAGUCCAUCCGAGAGUUUGCCAGGAAGAUCAUCAAAGAGGAGGAGCGAGUGGACAUUCUGGUGAACAACGCAGCCGUGAUGCGGUGCCCGCACUGGACCACGGAGGAUGGCUUUGAGAUGCAGUUUGGUGUCAACCACCUGGGUCACUUUCUGUUGACAAACUUGCUGUUGGAGAAGCUGAAGGCCUCAGCCCCUUCACGUAUCAUCAACCUCUCAUCCCUGGCUCACGUUGCUGGGCACAUAGACUUUGAUGACUUGAACUGGAAGACGAAAAAGUAUGACACCAAGGCAGCCUACUGCCAGAGCAAGUUGGCUGUUGUCCUCUUCACCAAGGAGCUGAGUCGCCGGCUACAAGGCACAGGUGUGACUGCCAAUGCUCUGCACCCCGGUGUGGCCAGGACAGAGCUGGGGAGACAUACAGACAUACACAACUCUGCCUUCUCCAGCUUCACACUUGGACCCUUCUUCUGGCUGCUGUUCAAGACUCCCCAGCUGGCGGCGCAGCCCAGCACGUACUUGGCGGUGGCAGAGGAACUGGAGAGUGUUUCUGGGAAGUACUUUGAUGGACUCAGAGAGAAGGCUCCAUCUCCUGAGGCGGAAGAUGAGGAAGUAGCCCGGAGGCUUUGGGCUGAGAGUGCCCACUUGGUGGGCUUGGACAUGGCUCAUGGGUCCCCUGGGAGGGGACAUUCCCUUCCCAGAUAACCUUCAAAUAUCCAAAUGGAGCUGCAUCACCAUGGCUGCUGGCCGCCAUGCCCUCAUCAUCCUCUAGGGGCAGUGUUGGCACUGUUAGACUCUAAAGACCGUGACUGCUGGCCGCUAUGCCCUCAUCGUCCUCUAGGGGCAGUGUUGGCACUGUUAGACUCUAAAGACCAUGACUGCUGGCCGCUAUGCCCUCAUCGUCCUCUAGGGGCAGUGUUGGCACUGUUAGACUCUAAAGACCAUGGCUGCUGGCCGCCAUGCCCUCAUCAUCCUCUAGGGGCAGUGUUGGCACUGUUAGACUCUAAAGACCAUGACUGCUGGCUGCCAUGCCCUCAUCGUCCUCUAGGGGCAGUGUUGACACUGUUAGACUCUGAAGACCAUGACUGCUGGCUGCCAUGCCCUCAUCGUCCUCUAGGGGCAGUGUUGGCACUGUUAGACUCUAAAGACCGUGACUGCUGGCCGCCAUGCCCUCAUCAUCCUCUAGGGGCAGUGUUGGCACUGUUAGACUCUAAAGACCGUGACUGCUGGCCGCCAUGCCCUCAUUGUCCUCUAGGGGCAGUGUUGGCACUGUUAGACUCUCAAGACCAUGACUGCUGGCCGCCAUGCCCUCAUCGUCCUCUAGGGGCAGUGUUGGCACUGUUAGACUCUAAAGACCAUGGCUGCUGGCCGCCAUGCCCUCAUCGUCCUCUAGGGGCAGUGUUGGCACUGUUAGACUCUGAAGACCAUGACUGCUGGCCGCCAUGCCCUCAUCGUCCUCUAGGGGCAGUGUUGGCACUGUUAGACUCUCAAGACCAUGACUGCUGGCCGCCAUGCCCUCAUCGUCCUCUAGGGGCAGUGUUGGCGCUGUUAGACUCUAAAGACCAUGGCUGCUGGCCGCCAUGCCCUCAUCGUCCUCUAGGGGCAGUGUUGGCGCUGUUAGACUCUAAAGACCAUGACUGCUGGCCGCUAUGCCCUCAUCGUCCUCUAGGGGCAGUGUUGGCACUGUUAGACUCUAAAGACCAUGACUGCUGGCCGCUAUGCCCUCAUCGUCCUCUAGGGGCAGUGUUGGCACUGUUAGACUCUGAAGACCAUGACUGCUGGCCGCCAUGCCCUCAUCGUCCUCUAGGGGCAGUGUUGGCACUGUUAGACUCUGAAGACCAUGACUGCUGGCCGCCAUGCCCUCAUUGUCCUCUAGGGGCAGUGUUGGCACUGUUAGACUCUGAAGACCAUGACUGCUGGCCGCCAUGCCCUCAUCGUCCUCUAGGGGCAGUGUUGGCACUGUUAGACUCUCAAGACCAUGACUGCUGGCCGCCAUGCCCUCAUCGUCCUCUAGGGGCAGUGUUGGCGCUGUUAGACUCUGAAGACCAUGACUGCUGGCCGCCAUGCCCUCAUCGUCCUCUAGGGGCAGUGUUGGCACUGUUAGACUCUCAAGACCAUGACUGCUGGCUGCCAUGCCCUCAUCGUCCUCUAGGGGCAGUGUUGGCGCUGUUAGACUCUCAAGACCAUGACUGCUGGCUGCCAUGCUCUCAUUAUCCUCUAGGGGCAGUGUUGGCGCUGUUAGACUCUCAAGACCAUGGCUGCUGGCCGCCAUGCUCUCAUCUUCCUGUAGGUGGCAAUGUUGGCCUUAGCUUUUAUUGUUAGCCGGCCACAUUAGUUGGACCACAGCUGAGCAUUGGGGAGGAGGACAGGUAUAAUGUGCUCUAUUGGUUACUGGGGAGCUGGUCUGUCAGGGGUCUCCCUUGGGAGUGGUUUUGGGCAGUGUCCAAAGACAGGGGUGGCUGUGGGGGUGGACUGAUUGGUCUACUGUUAAAGAGCGGGUAAUCAGACAAAUACGGCCAGUCAUAGUUCUUUGUGGGCCUUUGCAAACUUCUGAUUCCUCUCUGAGACUUGGCUGUUGUUUCAAGAAAGCAACUUGGGGGAGGAACAGGGCUUAUUUUAGCUUAUAAGUUAUUGUCCAUUAUGGAGGAGGGAAGCCGAGGCAGGAACUCAAGGCACGAGCUUGAAGCAGAUACCAGUGGAGGUUUGCUCCCAGGCCUACGUUCAGAUACCUUUCUUUUAUUUUUACUAUUAUUUUUUACAGAGAGGUUCUUACUCUGUAACUGUGGCUUUCCUGGAACUUGCUAUGUUUCAGUUCAAGACCAGGCUGGCCUUGAAUUCACAGAGAUCUGCCUGCUGGGAUUAAAGACAUGUGUCACCAUGCCUGGGCCAGGUGCCAGCCCAGGCUGCCUGCCCAAGGAUGGCACCACCCACAGUGGGCUUGUCCCUUUUACAUCAGUUAGCAAUCAAGACAUUCCCCCAGGGCAACCUGAUCCAAGCAGUUCUCCAGUCGAGGAUCCGACCGUCUUCUAGGUGUGUCAAGUUGAUAACCAAACAAACCAGGACAGCCCUCGAUUGCAGACUGCAAAGGAUAACUGCUACCUCAAGGGAUGGUGUGGGCAUUAAGCUCUUGCCCGGCUCAGUAAAGGGCUGCUGUGGCCCUCUUGUGUCCUGGGCCCUGGCUGAGGUGCUGGGGCUCGGUGGAGGCCCUGGCGUAGGCCUUGCUUUUGUUAGCUCUGAAUUGCUCAGGAUGGAAUGGCGUGAAAUGCUGCUGGCUGCUGCCGCUGAAGACCAGCAUGACCUGGGAUCAUGAUCUCUCCAGUACCUCAGACUCUCAAGCUUGUUGUUUGAUUAUAAUAACUUGUUGAGUGUAGCGGCACAGAUCCAUAACACCAGCACGGAAGAGGUGGAGGGUCAUGAGUUCAAGGUCAUUCUCCGCCGGCCUGGGCUAUACAAGGUCCUGUGAAAACAAGUCAAAACAAUGACGUCUCCAAAUGUAGCUGAGUCAUAGAUUUAAAUAAAAACAAACCUUUGCUUAGUGUGUA